CUCUGGCUGUACACUGCAAGCAUGGCCGGGGACAGUGAAACCCACCUAAGGGACCGUGGCGAGAACACCAACGUUAUUCGACAACCUUUUCUCAUCGGUGUCUCCGGAGGCACCGCCAGCGGCAAGUCGUCGGUUUGUGAGAAGAUCAUGGAGCUGCUAGGCCAGAACAAGAUCGAAAACCACCAGCGGCAGGUUGCGAUCCUCAGCCAGGACAGCUUCUACAAGGUGCUGACUCCAGAGCAGAAGGCAAAGGCACUCAAGGGCCAGUUCAACUUUGAUCACCCAGAUGCCUUUGACAGUGAGCUGAUAAUGCAAACACUCAAACAGAUCCUCCAGGGGGAGACAGUCCAGAUACCAGUUUAUGACUUUGUCAAUCAUUCCAGGAAAGAGGAGUUUAUUACGGUGUAUCCAGCUGACGUGGUCUUGUUUGAGGGCAUCCUCAUGUUCUACUCACAGCAAAUCAGAGAUCUGUUCCAGAUGAAGCUUUUUGUCGACACGGAUCCAGACACACGGCUCUCUCGCCGAGUUCUUAGAGACAUCAGUGAGCGUGGUAGAGAGCUGGAACAAGUGCUGGCUCAGUACAUCACUUUUGUGAAACCGGCCUUUGAGGAGUUCUGUUUACCAACGAAGAAGUAUGCAGAUGUGAUUAUUCCGCGAGGAGCCGAUAACCUUGUGGCCAUCAACUUGAUAGUACAGCACAUCCAAGACAUUCUGAAUGGCGGGCUAAGCAAGCGCCAUAACGGCUGCAUGAACGGCCACAGUACUCCACGUCAGCGGCGGACCUCCGAGUCCAGCAGCCGACCUCAUUGACCUCGUCACACCUCUCUUCACGAGGGAGAGGGGUGUCGGGGUUACGCUGUAAAUAAUGCCUAUUGGCAUCACUGUAUUUAAGAGAAAAAUGGAGAUGCAAAAAGAAUUGAAAUGCCUUUUAUUAUUAUUAUGACUACUCUUGUUAUUGGUUACUUUCAGUGUAAUUGUUUAACUUGGGAUUUAGGUUUUUUUGUUUGUCAGGAAGAGAAGCUCUUGUGAUGAGACCAUGGGUUAAAAUUAACCCCAUGCAUUUCCCUCAAAGAUUAAAUUUUGUUAUGUAUCCCCUGCUGCUCCAUUGAAAUUCAUGCCGCUAAUGAAUAAAAGAGGGGAAACCUUUUUUCUUUUUUUUUUGUAAUGUCUGAUGAAACUUGAACUCUAAUGGUAGGGGAGUCUGAUACAUGUUUGGGUGGGUUCCAAAUGAGAAGGAUAUGGAUUAGAAAAUGAGUUGAAGAAACCAGCAUUGCUCUCUGUAUUUGUACUGACAAUCUUGGAGUGUUGCCAAUCCUUUCAUUGUUAGUUCCCUUGCUGUAUUGUCUAGUGUAAUGCAUUACACUAGACAUCUCUGUACUACAAACGGUCCACUUAACUGACUCUGUAUAAUGUCUGCUGCUGCAACGCACUACAUGAUUCUUUUGUACUGAUUGUCAGGUACAAAAUAAUGUGACCACAAGCCAAAUGAAGCCAAAGGCUGUACGGCUCAGCUGACUACUGUAUUAACCCAGUCUAGUGUUUGUAUUGUUACACUUUUGGGGGCAUUUUACUUUCUAAUCAUGAAUUACAAUACUGAUGGGGUAAUGACUCCCAAUCAAAAUUAAUUCAUAUGAACACUCCUCUGUGAAUAAGAAUUGAAUAACUGUGAGAGGGUUAUUGAAAUUUGGAUCUAUGAUUUACUUAUAUUCCCCAUUUUAGAAGAUUUUGCUAGCAUUCACAUGGCAAAAUCAGCAAAGUUAAAUAAGAUUAAGCUAUGACACGUAUACUCAGGUUCGUAAUACCAUUUUUGUGUGAAAUGCCAGAAAAAGGUGUGAAAGGUGUUCAACGCCACAGCAAUAUUAGUUUUCCCAGGUAUGUGGCCAUUAAUCACCAAGACCCACCGAAAUGCCUCUGCAAAGUUGCCUCAGGUUAACAUGUACAAUUAGUAUCCACGCUAGAAGCCAGUUUCCAUUCUUUAAUUUAAGGUUGCAAUAAAAAAAAAAAACAGUUGAAUCAAUUUUGUAUUUUGCUGUAUUUGUUGUGUAUAGUGUAUUGAAUGGCUGAUUUGUACCAGGAGAUUUAUUACUGUAGACUAUGGAAUGUUCUCUGGUUGUUGGAUGAUUUAUGACAAUGAGACAGUUGCUUAAUGGUUAAUAAACUGAUGCAGCUGAGUG